AUUAAAGUUAUGAGUGCUACUUGUUGUUUAGGAACACCAUAAACUUAGGAGAUUAAUACAACAGCUCCUGCAAAAUUAGAUGCAACAGUUGAGGGAUAAGAUUGUUAAGAAACACUAAAGCCAACGGAAGCAAAAAAUGAAUGUUUAGAAAAAGAGCCAAUAAAACCUGAAGAAUCUUUUUCAGCUAAAAUUGAUGAACCUCAAUAAAAUGCAAAUGUUCAAGAUGAAGUAAUAGAAUUGAUAAUUUUUAGGCUUAAAGAGAAAAAUUAAGAAAACAGAUUUAAACACAUGGUCCAAAUCCUGAAGAUGCUAAGGCAUAUGAUAAAGAUCUUUAAAUAGAAAAUGAAUAGGUUCGUAAAACUCUAGAAAAACUUGGAGAUUAUUAAUAUGAUGAAACUUCUCUUUAAUAAUUUCAUGAUUGUAUUGAAUUUGGACCAUAUGUAUUUAAUGAAGUAAAAAGAAUAGUAAUUUGAAAAUGGUGCUAUAUAUGUUGGUCAAUGGAAGAAUCAUUAAAGAUGGGGUAGAGGUAAACAAUUUUACCCAGAUGGAUCAAUUUUUGAAGGAUUUUGGAGUUAACAUACAAUAAAUGGAAAGGGAAGAGUAAUUCAUGCAGACGACGGAGAGGCAUAUGUAAUAGAAUUAUUAAUUUAAAGGAUGGAGAUUGGGUUGAUGGUAGAGCAUAAGGAUAAGGAACAUAUUAUCAUGCUGAUGGAACUAUAUAUGAAGGAGAUUGGUUAGAAGAUUUAUAACAUGGAAAAGGCACAGAAAUGUGGGCGGAUGGUGGUUAAUAUAUUGGUAGCUACGUUAAUGGAAUAAAAGAUGGAAAAGGAAAAUGUAAAUGGAGCGAUGGAGCAACUUAUGAAGGAGAUUUUAGAGAUAAUAAAAUGGAAGGUAAAUUAACUAAAUAUAUAUAGGAUUUGGAGAAUAUGUUUGGGCAGAUGGAAGAAAAUAUAAAGGAUAAUGGUUAAAUGAAAAAAUGCAUGGUAAAGGAGAUUUUAAUUGGCCUGAUGGAAAAUAAUAUAGUGGUAAUAUUAAAUAAUAAUAUUUUUAGGUGAUUAUGUUGAAGAUAAAAAAGAAGGCUAUGGAAUUUUUAAAUGGUCUCAUGGAGACUAAUAUAAAGGUUAUUGGAAAGAUGGAAAAUAACAUGGAAAAGGAAUUUUAGUAGAUAGAGAAGCAAGAGAAGUUGAAGCUGAAUGGGUUGAAGGAAGAAGAGUCAGAAUGGAUAAUUGAAUUAUCAAACAUUAUUAAC